GCUGCUACUUGUUCUUUCGACAGUUAAAGAGACGACACUGAAAGGCGAGUUAGGCGACCGUGAACGAUGAGUGAGGAGGGUGGCUACAGUUAGCAAACUUCCCGGCUGAAGCGCCACAUCGUCAGAAAGUGUCAGCAGGGCCGUGUCGUCAGGAUAUUACUAGGGUUGAUUUUACACAAUGCUAUUAAGAGGUGAAGACCUUUGCAAAUCCACUGUUCACAUGUAGAGAGGGUGACUGGAGUAAACUGACACCCAGAAGCCUCAGCUGAAUCUGGAUUAGUCACUUUUGAAGUCAGUCAUCAUGGCUCAGGAGGAGGAAGAAGAGCAGCUGAUGGUCGAAGGACCCAAGGAGGUGGAUGUGUUUACAUCAGUCCGUUGCCUAGGUUACCUGUCCAGCAUCAACCUCCUUGUGGCAGUAUGUGUCGGCAUGUAUGUACGCUGGGAGGUGACAAGUGAACCGAUGAUUCUGGUCAUCUUCAUCUUGGGUCUCUUCGUGCUGGGAAUAGCCAGCAUCCUCCAUUACUACUUUGCAAUGGAGAAAGCCAGCCUCAGCUUGUUCCAGUUGUGGUUCGGCUUUCUGCUUGGUCUCCUGUGCUUCCUCAACAGCCCCGCCUUGGAUUCAAAUGUCAAGGAACUGGUCACUAACUAUCUCCUCCUGGCCAGUGUAGUCAUGAAAGCAGUAUGGGCUGUAACAGAGCGAGUAUGCAGCUCCGUGCGCUACAAACCCAUUUUGCUAACGUCAGCUGAGCUACUGCAGCUCCUGGGCUUUGGAAUUGCCAGCACUACCAUGCUUCUUCACAAGUCCGUGGCCAUAAUAGGCUUGGUAGUGGCUCUAGGUGCUCUCAUUGUAGACCUGAGGAUGAAAUCCCUUCUGGCUUUGCCCAACCUGGUCAGUUUUGCAUUGGUUACCUCCCUUGUGUUUUUCCAAGCCUUGGGCAUCACAGCCAACCCUUAUGCCUUAGGCUGCUAUCUGGGCAGGCUGCUGUGUGAGCCCAUGCUGGAUGUGUACUUCAGUGGGCUGGGACCCAGUGAGCGUUGGAUGCCAGUGCUCUCCCUGGGGAAGGUGUGGAGGAGGCUGUCCCUGCUGCCUCUCAGUCUGGUUGAGCUGGCCUUCUUCGUCCUGGCAGCCUUAAAGCUGGGCCACUUGGAGCUGUGGUAUCUGGUGAUCCCAGGCUUCUGCCUGUUUGGCCUUUUCUGGUCCAUCUGCCACAUAAUUCUACUGAUCACAAUAUGGGGCUUCCACACCAAGCUCAGCGAGUGUCAGAAGGCCUGGCGGGCCCAGCGAUCCAGUAGCCGGAGUCUGGACCAAGUCAUGGCCUCCAGGGGCAUUCGACACUUCUGCCUCAUUUCAGAACGCUUGGUGUUCUUCAGUCUGCUAUCAACGGUUAUACUAGGGGCUGUGUCCUGGCAGCCCUGGAACGGUCUCUUUCUCAGCGCUCUGCUGGUGGUGCUCCCUUUGGAGUCUCUGGCCCACGGCUUGUUCCACGAGCUGGGCAGCUGCCUGGGGGGAACCUGCGUUGGCUACGCCCUGGUCAUUCCUACGGCAUACUCCAGCGCUGAUGGCCAGCCCACUCUCCUACCAGCUGAGCAUGUACAACAGUUAAACCUGCGCUCCACGGCUAUGCUGAACAACGUGCAGCGUCUCUUCUCCCACCACAUGAUCCAGACAUUUGGCUGUGACUACUCCACCAGUGGCGUAACACUCGAGGCUGUGCAGACCAAGCUGCGCAACUUUCUGGAGCUUCGUACUGCAGAUGGGCCUCGCCAUGACACCUAUCUGAUUUUCUACAGUGGGCACACACACAAAGGCACUGGGGCCUGGGCUCUGGCUGGAGGUGAGAGUCUCCAUCUGGCCCAGUUGCUGGAGUUAUGGAAGGAGAAGAACGCCGGCCACUGCUCCCGUCUCAUCCUCGUCCUGGACACUGAGAACUCCCUCCCCUGGGUCAAGGAGGUGCGUAGAGUGGAGGGUGUCCACAUAGCCGUGCAGGGGGCCGAGCUGUCCGCCACAAGGGUGGACCCGGAGGCCGGCGAAAUCGCCUAUCUUGGGGACUUCACUUCUGAAUGGGUGGAAUUCAACUGCAACCCGGACAGCGACACCCAGUGGUCAGAAAAGGGAAGAACAGUGGCGGCCAUGUAUGGCGUGUCUAAGCGCUGGAGCGACUACACGCUCCACCUGCCUACAGGAAGUGACGUGGCCAAGCAUUGGAAGACCCACUUUCCCAAGGUUACCUAUCCCAUGGUGCACCUCUCCAACUGGUGCUGCGGCCUCAACCUGUUCUGGUUAUGUAGCGUGUGUCUGCGCUGCUUCAGGAGGUGUAAACUAGCUUGGUUCCCACCAGCUGUACUGGACACUGGGCAGGGUAUUAAACUGGUGCACUCAUAGAUAUGUUGGGAAGUUAUCAUGAACAUUUUGACUCAGGCAGUUAAUGCUUUAACAGCUGGGGUACGAGGUAUUUAUAUGAAGGCAAGCGAAUGGUAUAUGCACGCAAAUCUUGGCCUUCAGGCAGUCCACAAAAACUUACAAUGCAUCAUUUUUAUGUGAUAUGAUGCAGAGACAUUGUGCUGUCAAUGUCAUAGCCAAACAUUGACUAAAUAUAAUAUUGGUGUCUUUUAAAGGGAGUGGAAAUCACCUCUUUCUAAUUCAGAAGAGUGGGUGAAAGAAUAUUGAGCUCAUCUACAUUAGUCUGGUGUAUUUAUAUAGGAAGGGAUCAAAAUUUGUUUUAAAAAAUUGUCUUUUUGAAUAAGUUUAUCAUACUUUUGGAGGGUGUGGUAUACUAUUUUGCCAAUACUGCAUUAUUAUUUCUUUAAAAGGGGUUUCUGACAAUCUGUUUUGUUACAUAACUGUUUUUGUUUUUUUUCAAUGAUAUAUUGCCUUUAAAAGUGCCUUUAACAUUUGGGAUCAUCUUUUGUAUUUGUGUAUGUAUUCUUGCCUUACAUUGUAUUUAUAUUUGGAUGGUUUUCGUUGACAGUCUUAACUUCCAACAUGUCAGCUGGGUGGGGGGGGGGGGUUCUGUCUUCCUUAAGCCUCUCAACAGGAUGGACAAAAUGACUCUUGAGGGGGUGAAAUCUGUGACCUUCUGGUUCUGGGACAGUCAAACUACGAGGCCAAGCUCAUUCCCAACACUGGACCUUUCCCUCAUAACUUUCACACUGUUUAAAUAUACAUUUAUUCCUGCAUUGAACAAAGAAAGAUGCACUGGCUGCGAGACAGUAUAUCAUCACCAGAUACUGUCCCUGUCUUGUGCCUCAUCCUGUUUAUUUCCAUGAAUGAAUUAAUCUCAAAGAAGUUAUUUGCUCUGUACAAACACACAUCGCAUUCAAGUUCUCUCGCUGUUGUCCUUGCCAUGCGAUGAAACAGUCAUUUGUCAUUCAAAGCGACAAAGGUAUUUUUUAUUGAUGUGAAAUCGACCAUCUUUUCUACUUUAUUUUGCUGUGUUGCAUCUUUCUCUCGCACACAUCCCUAAGCUAUGUAGUGCAUUGCUGCCUUAAAGAGUGUGAUGUUUCCAAAGAAGUCAAAUGCUAUUUUUCCAUAUGCAAUUCCCCAUGUGCCUCACUUGAGUCCGAAAAUGACAGACCUUAAACUUGGAUAAUAAACUGAUAAAAUAUUA